UGAAUGCAUUUAACAUAUCAUUUUAAUUCUGCUAAAAGAUGAAUAUAAGUUCAUUUUUCUUUAAAGAAUCUUUUAAACGUAUCAGGUGUUUAUAUUUUAUAAUACUAAUUAAAUUACUUUUGGUUGUUAUUAGUUGCGUGAUUAUAAUUUCAUUAAAGAUGAAGCCAAGCCUUGAUGGACCAUACGCUCAGGUCGACGAUGAAGUUUUCGUAAAACUGGAUUUUAAAGAUGAAUUUGAUACGGGAGUAGAUCCAUUUGAUUUCAAAAAAGAUAAAUUAAGUUUAUGUUCAAAAAUGAAGUAUAUCAACGAAAAAAGGGACCCAACAGCUUUAGUUUCAUAUCCCGGGAGUGGUAAUACAUGGCUUAGAUAUUUACUUCAACAAGCUACAGGUUUUUAUACUGGCUCUGUUUAUACGGACCAAACGUUAUUAAUAAAUGGUUUUCCUGGUGAAGGUAUAACUAAUAGUUCUGUAUUAGUAGUAAAAACGCACGAAUACGGUCCUGUAGCUCAAAAACAGUUUAAAAAAUCUAUAAUAUUAAUUAGAAACGCCAUACCUGCAAUUCAGGCAGAAUUUAAUCGAAAAUAUGGCGGUCAUAUGGGAUUUGCCAGUUCAUUUUUGCUGUACUCGAAUGCAUAUGAAGUAUGGACAAAUUUCCUGCAGGAGUCAUUAAAAGAGUGGAAAAACUUCUACGCAGAUUGGCUAAAAAAUUUUACAGGUCCUGUGUAUUUAAUUCGUUAUGAAGAUAUGAUUUCCGAUUUAGAAACUAAUCUUUUAAAUGUACUUCAAUUUCUUGACGUUUCUGUGAACAAAAGUUCGCUGUCGUGCACAAUUAAACAAAAAAAGGGCCUUUUUAAACGACCCCUGUUACCAUCAGGAGGUCCCAUCUUGAUUAAAGGUUUCAUAAAAAAAGUGCAAGAAGCCGAAAAGUAUAUUGACAAUAUUGUGGAGCAAAGAAAUGUUAAAACAGUUGCAAAAAAUGCUACAUUCUCGUUUUUGGAAUUUAUUAAAAGCUAUACCUGUUUCAUUUAA